AUGGACAAGAGAAGUCCAGUUCGAAAAGCCUGCCUCGGCGUGAUAGUGGUGCUGGCAUUGAGGCUAAUGAUCUCACAACGAGGCAACUUUGGGCUCGUCUUUACAGUCGGUCGGCCGCCAUGCCAGCACAUGCAGGCCAGAAGAGCUCCGCGCCGUGCUGUGGCAGAAGAGGUUGAAGAAGCCGUGGAUAUCAGUGAGGAAGCCGCGGAAGAUGCAGAAAACUCCGAGCCCAUGUACCCCGUGUACAGUAAAACUGAGCGGAGUUUUCCCAUUAAGGGCAAAAAUAGCACAUGGUGGCCAAUGACGAAAAGAGCCAGUUCAGUUCUCCAGAAAGCAGGGGAAGUUGAGCUGGACUGUGUGGGAGCACUCAGUGUCUACUACGGCAUCGAGGUCGCAUGGCUCCUAAGCGAAUGGAAUAACGGGACAUCCGGAACAUUCAGACGACUAGGCGCAGCAUUAGCACUGCGUCCAGACCUGCUGGCAGAUCCAGUCUCAGACGUCACGCGUAUGCGUUUACACGUGGCUCCCGUGAAAGUGCCAGAGGCGGCUCUGCAGGAUGUCGCGGAGCAGGAUUUACUCAAGGCACCCAGCGACGAAAGGACGAGCCAGGCUUCCGCUGCCCUUGGUCGUUUCGUUGAAGAGCGGGGCGCGGUGGCCAUUCAGGGUGUGGGGCCGAGCUGUGUGAACCGCAUCAUGAAGUCGAUCUUCCGGGCCAACCAGCGCAUCCUCCAAAAGGACGGAAAGACCACGUCGGCCAGGCGCUUUAUGGUCUUCAAGGCGACAGCUGGCGACGACCCGGAGCGGGAGGAGGUGGCGAGGUUACCAGGCCUGCAGCUUGCACCCCGAGCUGGCCACUUCAGUGACCUUUCUCGCCUUUCUCUUGCUCCCCUUUGGCAGAUGACUUUCACAUCUCCAAGCCUCCCCUUAGCGCGCGAAAUUUGCCAUCCGCUUGCCGCCUGUUCAGUUCCCGUGACGAUUGGCGCAAGAGAGGAGAGCCAGCCGAGGACGGCCCGCGCCGCCCAGCUGGUGGAAAUGCUGGUGGAAGGCAUUCUGAGACUGUGGCGUAGGAACCCGCAAACCCGUGCCGACGAGGACAAUUGGCGCCGGCCCAAUGCAGAUGAGCCUCGGGGAGAUGCUAGGGGAGAUGCCGCCCCCGAACGCAAGGAGCCGUGGCGACCCUCCCGCUCCAAGGGCGAGGGCCGUGACGGAGAAAACCCAGGCCCUUGGCGACCUUCACGCAAGGGCGAGGGCCGUGAGGAGCGGGAGGAGCCAAGAGCCGCUGCAGGCGGAAAGGGCAGUGGCGGCGGCCGUGGCGGCGAUGAUGAUGCAGGGAGCUGGCGCCGACCGGCUGGAGGCCGCACCGAGAACGCCGACAGCUGGCGGCGCGACGAGGCUCCGAGAAGGCAGGGGUCGCAGCGCGAGGAGGAUGGUGGAUUUCGCCGUUCUGAUUCUCGCCGAGAGGAGAAGCCCGCUGACGAAGGUCCUCGCCGAGCUCCACCUCGCGAGGAAGCACGUGCACCCGCGCGCGAGGAACGCCCGGCGCCUGCCCCAGAACCUGCUGCACCCGAACCCGCGGGCGGCGGCGAUGAUGAAGAAGGAUGGGGCGUUGUUGCAGGGAAGAAGAAGCGUGGCAAGGCAGCCGGGGGCGCUGAGGCACCCGCUGAGGAUCCGGAGUGGCGCACGCAAGGGCCCCGCCGUGGUGGUGGAAAAGGCAAUGGAAGCGCGGGAGGUGAGGAGCAGAGGCCGACUCCUCCGUGGAAGAGCAACAAGCCGCCACAGCCUCGGCAAUUCCUCGACAAACAGGAAAUGAGAUGGGACAUGCUGGCACACGACCUGCAGGGCUCUCACUCUGGCAGUUGCCUUCGCAACUUCUCAUGGCGGGGCGUCUGCGUCGAGGACUGUGUCAAAGACAGCUACGUCGAAGACGUCUGCAUCGAAGGACGUAGGUCUCUGAAAAAGUUGGGUCUGGACAUCGAGGCCUUCAAGGAGCUUGGCCCCUUUGCCUCGGCAGGGUUGGAGGCCACUCGCCUUGCUCUGGAGAGGGCGUCGCAGUCCCUGGCAAAUGGCAGAAUUCCUAUCUCGGGAGCCAUCGUGGAGCGCAUGAGCAAUGCCAAGCUUCGGGUUGUUUCGGUUGGCCACAACGGUCGCAUCCCUGCGGAGAAGCCGCUGGCAGAUGGAUACCCAACGGACCACGGAGAGACUGCAGCAAUCCGGGCAAUCACCGACACGUCAGCAGUGAAUUGGGACAAGGUUGUCUUUGCGACAUCGCUCAACCCCUGUGUGAUGUGCACGACAGCACUGACUUGGCUUCAUGGCCUUGGGCUGCGGAACGUCGUCAUCGCCGAGAGCAGCAGCUUCGGUGGUGCCGGCAGUCAGCUGGAACAGCUGGAGGGCAUGCAAGUGCUCAACCUGUCGAACGCUUACGCCCAGUCCAUGAUGAAGACGUUUGCCACGCGCUUCCCCUGGGAUUGGGCUGCAGACAUAGGCGAGAUACCACCCAAAGACUUGGAGCUCAGCACGCGAUUGCUAACCCAGAGUUGGGAGCUGCGCCUCUUCGUAGACAAGAUAUCGGAGGAACUGACGAAGCUGAAGCACACUGCGGCUGUCAUUGAUCCCCGCGGAGAACUCCUGGUUUCGUCCGCCGACGAGCGCGAGGAGAGUGGUGGGAACGAGACCCGCUCCGCCGUGAUGCUGGCACUUGGCCGGGCCGGAUCGAAGGUGAACCUUCGGGAGUGCGUCCUCUUCUUCAUGGGGCCCUCGGCAGAGAUCGCGGACUUCGGGACAGUGUCGGCCGGGGCUUGUCAACUCUUCCGGCCAGCAUUGGUUGUCACGACCGCGCCGCCUUCCUCCGAGCUGGAGGAACGGCUGACGGCAUACAAGGUGCCAGUCAAGUGCUGCCAAGUUGCUGUGGCAGAGCUUUCUUGGCCACCGAACUCCGUGCUAGUUCCUCGCACAGCUCUGCUGUGCUUUCGUGAUGAAGUUCCUGUCGCGUUUGUGCAUCCUUGGCUCGGCUGGGACAUCAAUUUCGUGGAGAGCUUAUGGCGUAAAUGCGCAGAGCUACGGAUGCUUGGAGCCGGCGAUGGAAUGGAUCUACCGACAGGCCCCAUGGAGGAUGCAUCCCUGCUGCAGUCGCAAUUCCGAAAGCGCUCCCGGAGCAAAGCGCGCGAAGCGCGCGAGGCGCGCAAACAUCCGUUCCACUUGGAUCGCCACGACCAUGAACAUGCGAAGAUCGUGGACACCGCAGACUACCGUGCCGAUGCCGCGGCCUUCUUCGAGAAAGUGAAGAACCAAUCGCUCGAAGAGCGUUGUCCACAGCUUCACAAGAUGACACUAGAUCAGGUGCACAAACAAUGGAAAGAGAUGUUUUCCGAGCUGGAGAAAACCACCGGCAACAUGACGGCCAAAAACAAGCUCGCGGCCAACUACGACAUGCACUUCGAAUUCAACAGUGUGCUGGCAGGAGAAAGGCCUGUGCUUGUGACCGGUCACGUUCCGAAGCAGCUUGGGUGGGAGGCCGCGACGCAUUGGGGAAGGGAGGAGCUUUCGAAGCAUAUGGGUGCCUUGCAGUGGCAGAAGUUCACAUUUAAUUAUCCGGAGUGGCUGAUUGGAAUGGACCAGUGGGAGUCCUUGGACGACUAUGUCAAGCACAAUGAAAGCUCUCAGAACAUCUUCCUCUUUGCAAGUGAGGGGGGCUGCCACGAAGAAGCCAAGCUUAAGAACUCUGUGGAUGCGAUACGUCGGCAGUUUGCUCCGAGCCCUGACUUUGCCUUUGGCCCGGAGGAUUGCAUGGCCAUUGUGGCGAUCGACGCGCAGGGAAGCUCCCACGGCUUCCACAGCCACGACCCAGUUUGGAACGUUCAGGUUGAAGGCUUCAAGCAGUGGUGGCUGCUUCCACCCAACUAUGUCUCCAGCGACACCUGGCCGGAGGGUGGGCAGAAGUGGGGUGCGGCACCACUGCUCCCUAGUGGCGAGGCCUUCCAGUACCCCAAUGCCUGCGCGAUGCUGAAGCAGACGACGCCGCCACCAGGUACACUGACAUGUGUGACCGGACCUGGUGAGAUGUUGCUUCUGCCUGACGAGUGGAUCCAUGCCACUUGUGGCCUCACAGCGAUGUUUCAACUUAGUCCGUCUAAGGAGUUCACUGCCGUGCGCUCCCAGCCACAGGGUGCGCAUCCGUCCACGUUCGCACUGGAUGGCUUGGUGCUUUCUGGGACAGAUGACCAGCAGAAUGACCAGCCCAUCUACAAGUGCCCUGGCCCUGGUCAGGAAAAGCUCUUCGAGCGAGGAUUCUUUUCCGCUGUGCAAUCUGCAGAUUGCCAGCAUGCUGAUGACGGGGGCCUCCAGUGCCGUGACAUUAGAGGAGGCUUCGAUCCUGAGAGAUGGGAUCAGCUGAUAGAGCAAAUGUGGAGGCUCGUAGGGCACGGGUACAAGCACCCCUCCAUGGCCCAUGCGCUGGCCAUGUCCUUGUACUCCUGGUUCUGGUGGGAGGGGCCUGGGAGCGACCGAGUGAACAUUGUGACUGGCCGUCUGGCCUGCGACUUCUUUGCAACAUCGCUGAGCUUCAACAGCUGCGUGGAUCCCAAUCUUCCACUGCAGGAUUUCUAUCAGCGAAAUUGCCACAUGCGAUGGCGGUACUUGCUAAUGAUUGCAAGCGAGCUGGGCAGGUAUCUCGCGGUCGUCCAGCUGGAUGUUCGUGCAGCCACCGAAGUAUUGCAGUCUGCUCAAAGAUACUUCCAAGUCAUGCGGCAAUUACCUGCCUUUGGCCCGCAUGCAGGAAAGCUGACCUCGCCUCACGACAUCAGUCUGAAUGCCGACUACUUCCCUGCGUCCGUGGUCAAUCAGGGCCCUAUCUGGAAGAAUGCCAGAGAGCAGGUCCCGAUUGUCUCCUUCCUGGAGGAAAACUUUCCGACCAUCCAAGCCGAACUGUUGACAAUUCUCGGUGAGGAGCACCGCUUCAGCUUGAUGAAUCAGGCCACUCGGAAUGCCGAGCCUCAGUUUGGGCCUCGCGAUGACGACUGGCUCACUGCUUACCUGGUGCGCGGUGCUGAGUUCAACGAGAUGGUGUGCGCUCAUGCGCCUCGGACUUGUGCCUUGCUUCGCACUCGGCCAGAGCUCGCCGAAUGCCACUCAGGUCUCUCCGGAUCGGGCUUCUUGCGGAUGCGACCAGGAGGCCGUUUAAAGCCACACUUUGGUGGUGCGCCGAGGCUGAGUGCUCACUUGGCCCUGCUCGUCCCGGAUGGCGAGGUGUAUAUGUCUGUGGGGUCCGAGACGACUCGGUGGGUGGAAGGCCAGGUGAUCACUUUCGACGACACCUUCAUUCAUAGCGUCACUCACAACGGAGACCAGCCGCGAUAUGUUCUGAACGUGUGGAUGUGCCACCCCUGCGACCCCACCGAAGGCUGCUUGGGAGAUGGCUAUGCCAGCGGCUCCACGGGAAUUUCCGGGAGAAGAGUCGUCUGCAAAGCGCAGAUAUUCCGGAAAUGUCCAAUCGUGCAAGAACUUCUCCAGGAGGCAUUCCUCUUUGCCGCGCAAUUGAACCUGCAUAGCGAAAUUUACCAGGACCAGCUGCCACUGCUACGAUGUGACAGCUGGCUUCCUCUUGCUUCUCGCGUCGGCAAGCAGUCCAGCGAGCCGAGCUUCACAAAAGUUGACCGCUCGUCGCCCGCCGUGUUCGAGGAAUAUGCGACACUUCAUCGUCCGACAUGGCCGGAAGCACAGCUUCGGGCAGUUCUCAUCGAGGAAUUCGGCUGUCCGCAGCCCAGCGCAGGCAAAAGGUGCUUCCACUUGACGGCAGUUUUGGGGCUCGUGGACAGGGCGAAUGCGGAGGAGAGCAACAGCUCAGCCUUCCGAUGCCUGGCAUGUUUUCCCAUGUACACCGCAUUUGAGGAGUUGCUUGAGGCCGGAGUCUUGGUGGACUUCGACGAAAGCAUGGGGAAGGCAAUUUUCGUGUCUCACCAGUGGCUCAGCACUCACCAUCCCGAUCCAGACGGGCAACAGCUGAAGGUGUUGCAGGAUGCCUUGAAGAACCUCUUGGCAGAUCGCAGCCGCAUCUCAACCUCCGUUGUCACCGAGAUUUUCUAUGGCCAAUCGCCCACCCCAUCGGCGAGAGACCUGAGAACGACACCUCUCUUCCUAUGGUAUGAUUAUUUCAGCUGUCCUCAAAAAUCACAGGCUGACCAGCUCAGGGCCAUCAACAGCAUUCCAAGCUAUGUGGCCAGAUGCCUCUACUUCAUGAUUCUCUCGCCGGCCCUCAAGCACGAGUCUCGCUCAGAGAUCUUGAGCCAGUGGACGUGGGCUCAGCGAGGAUGGUGCAGAGCAGAGCGCAUGGCUCGUGAGUUGGCCCCCUCAUCCGGAUUUGUGAUUAUUGUGGAGAGCGCCACACACCAGACCCUCUUGCCAGAAUUUCAGUCCUUCUUGUAUUCUCCAGGAGAAGGUCGGUUUACCGUGACAGAGGACAGCCACAAAGUGGCCAGCAUUGUGGUGCAGCUUAUUUGGAACAAGCUGCUUCUUUGCUUGAGAGAGGGCGACUUGCACAACUACCGGUUCAUUUUGAACCAACAAGCAACACGUCUUCGGAACUUCAAAAUCGACCCAGUCGACUUGGCAAUUCCAGGCUUCAAUCCGAGCCAGGAUCCGUUUGUAAAUCCUGAGGCGUUUGCGCUUGCACGGUUCAUGCACCAGAACGGGUUUGAGGCAGUCACGCAGAUAGAUGAAGCUGGAUGGUCACCGCUGUGUUAUGCUGCUAUGAAUGGCAGCUCAGCUGUGGUGUCGGAGCUGUUGAGACGCAGGGCAGAUGCGAACGAGUGUACACAGAAGGGUACCAAGGAGGCACAGUUUCCAAAGAAGAUGACAGCUCUUUCCCUCAGUGCCUGCUUCAGAAGCAACGAGGUCAUGCAGGUGCUCUUGAGUGCUCGAGCCGCGGUUAAUGUUAGGGAUGGUCGCCGGCAAAGCGCUUUACAUUGGGCAUGUAUCUCCAACAAUGCCGAGGGCGUAAGGAUUCUCGUCAAAGCCGGAGCCAAUGCUGAGAUGUUGGCGAUCACUGGACAGAGUGCUUUCCAGCUUGCUUGUUCAGCGGGCGCAUUGGAAGCCAUCAGUGAGAUACUCUUGCAGUUUCCGAAACAAGACCUCCAAUACAGCUUGCACUUCGCCUUUCUUCUGGGCGGUGGCUCCGGCCACUUAGUGAGAACUCUUUUCGAGGCCCAAGCCGAUGUGAAUGAGCGGCUUGAGCUGCUGCAGACCAAGUACUUGCUCCUCUGGACCUUGUGCAAGGCAGCCAGCUUCUCCCACAGGGUGGGGGGUGCUUCCACACGUUUGAGGGAGCUGGCUUUCCAUCACAGACGGGCCACCCCGCUAAUGUUCAGUGUAAUCUGCGGCGCCUUCGAAGCUACUUAUGCACUGCUCGCCGUUGGGGCUCGCCGAGACCUGCGGAACUCUCGUGGAAAGACUGCCGUGGAUCUCGCCGUCGAAAUUUGCGCACCUCCAGCACUGGUUGCCAAACUCGAUCCUGCACAGGACAGCCAAAAGCACACUGUGGAAGAGGCUUUCAGAGAUUCAGCAUGGUAA